AUGUCCGACGACGAUGAGUACUAUGAGUUCGAGGAUGAAUACAUGUAUGAGGAUUUAGUCCCUGACAUGGUCGACGAUCUCGCCGCUUCCUCAUAUUACGAAGCUGCCCUAUAUGAAGAUCCAGGGAUUGAUGUCGAAGACUAUUUCAGCGACUGGGACUAUUAUUCAGACGAUUAUCACGACGAUGACGCAACCGUUGAACAAAGCGCAGAGAGGAAAAAAAGAACCGAGAUCGCUGCGACAGCACCACGACGAACGAAGGCAUCUUCCCGAGCAAAGAGCCACAUCACCAGAGUCCCACCGACGAAAUCCCCUUUGGUGCCGGAUAUCGCCUCAUUCCAGGGCGUGGUGUGGAAAACGCCCGCGCUGGACCGGGACCAGGAUGUCGCUAUUUUGUAUGAGCCGGACACAGGCGAGAAGGUUGCGCUCCUAGAGAACUGGCGGGAGGUGUUCAAAUUCGCCCAGCCAGCGCUAGAUAAAUCACGCCUAAAAAGGCGACACGUUGCCGAGUCCAAACCCGUCGACUCGCCGCUGGCUGACGAUGAAAUGGUCGCCGAUGACGGUACCGACGACGAGGCAGAUAGCUCGGACGAGAUGUCUGAUGUUAUCUCAUGUGAUACUUCGGGUGUUGAUGCUGGGGAUACUGGGGAUGCCUCAAACACAACCCCGGACCCGGAUCCGGACUCUUUCCGCUCGCUGAAACUAUCUUCACCGCCGAAGGUCGUGAUUCCGUUGAAGAGAGGGUGGAAGCGGAAGACUCUUGAACAGAAGGAUGACACGGAUGAGGAUACGGUGUCGCCUCGCCCGAAGAGGGUGCAGGUGCGGAAAGGCGGCGCUGACAAGGCUACAAAACGUGCGGCACCACCGGUGCGCAGAUCGACUAGGCAGAAGAAGUAG